AAAGUCAAGAUGUUGAAAAAAGGAAGAUGGUGAAGAGAUGGUGAGGAGAAUGUGUUGUAGCAACUCUCAAUUGGUAAAUAAUUGAGAGGCUCUCUAUAUACUAGACUCUCCUAUCCUAUGCCAUGAAAAUUGAAGCAAAUUAAUAAUUAUUGUUGUUAUAAGUGAGGAGAUGGCAUCUUCAAACGCUCCUGAGCAAGACAAGUAUCGGCAUUACUUGAGCGAAGAAGAAGUCAAGAACACCAAAUGGAGGUUUGGUGUCCCUGACUAUAGUGUUGUCAACAAGCUCUUUGAAGAAGGCAGAACUAAGAUUUGGCCUGCUGGGUCGCUUGAAGAUAAGGUGCAGAGGCUUGUAAAGACAUGGGAAAUGGAAUUUUUCCAUAAGACCAACUUUGAUGACUUCAAAACCAUUGAUCCCAAGAAGUUUACUUUCGGCUUAAAUGGAAGGAAGGGUCUAAAUUUGGAAGAAAUAGGCAAACUUGGGGGAGGCUAUAACCCUCUGCUACAGACCUCUCUGCCUGAGAAAUUCAGGGGCUACAAUCCAGAUGGAGAAACCAACGAAUCUUCUCAUCGGACUUUCACGACAACGUUCCCUCGCGGGUUUGCCUUGGAGAUUCUCCAUGUUUAUAGUGGGCCGCCGGUGAUUGUGUACAAAUUCAGGCAUUGGGGUUACAUGGAGGGCCCUUUCAAAGGCCAUGCCCCUACUGGAGAAAGGGUUGAACUCUAUGGAAUGGCCAUUUUUGAGGUGGACGAGGAGAUGAGAGUGGUGAAGGUGGAGUUCUUCUUCGACCGUGGUCAGUUGCUCGGAGGUCUUCUGAAAGGUGCUAGCUUGGAUGGCUCUGCCGAGGAGGCGGCUUCAAACUGCCCUGUGCUUAGGCAAACAGGGUAGAAUUAGAAUAUUCACAAUAAAACUGGAAGGUUUCAGAAUAUGAAAUUUUCAAUCUGUUGUAAUAAUGUGAUAAUAUGUUUUCCCAUCUGUACGAGGAUCUCCUCCCACUAUUCCUGGAGCUGUUGUUGUUUGCUUAUUCCUAAAUCCUAAUAUAUGUGAAGCUGUUUAACAAAUGGUCGUGUUCUGAUUUUCUGCAUCAUAUUCUUUUCUGGGAAGACUGAAUCCCAUUUUAUGACUUUGGAAACUCCAUGCUUGGACUAGGGAUGAAGAAGACAAUUGUUUACAUUUCUUUUGAAAGUAAGAAGAAAAUU